AUGGCGGAAGCUCCACGAAACGCUCAGAUACCUUCAGGUUAUGACGAGGAGUUUGUGAAUGAAGUCGACGACGAUUUUCUUUGCUUAAUUUGUCAUUUGCCGCUGAGGGAGCCGGCUCUUACAAGAUGCGGUCACAGAUUUUGCAAUGCAUGCCUCGAGGAACAUUUGAGAAGGUACGGCUAAAUGACUGAAUAUCGACUGAGUACUAUUGAAUGUCUUGAAUGUUGAGUGUUGAAAUAGCUAAGCUUUGAAAUAGCUUUGAUCCAAAAACUUGCCAGCGUAAAGUGGAGUACAAACUCCUGCACCGUGUUUCAGUGAGAAACGAGACAGUACGUACAUACAGUCGAAAAGUUCGAAUCAUCGGGAGUUUGAAGCAAAUAACCGGAAGUAAGGAAAUAAGCAAAUGGAUGGGGAGGGAAUGCAAUUAAGCAACAAAGUAUACAGGAAUGGAUACUAAAUUUGAACUGGAAUAGCAAAAAAGUAAAGACAAAGAAUUUACUCGGUUGUUUUGAAAUAAAUUCAUUGUUUCGGACUUCAGUAGACGGUUUUUUCGCGACUUGUCACGCGCUUACAACAUGGCUCGAGUGAUCGAGGGUAAAAUUGCAUAGAAAUGAGCUGAAGGGAAACACAAAUUACUUCGAGUUCGCGGGAGGUUCGAGUUAUCGAGGGUUCGAGUUAGCGAGGGUAAAAUUACAGUAAAUGUAAGAAGGAAAUCCAGGAUAAAUCGACUUUGGUUCGAGUUAGCGCGAGGUUCGAGUUAGCGAGGGUUCGAGUUAUCGGGAGUCACUACAGAAAUUCAGUCCUUAAUUAACCAAGGCAAACGACAGUCACCUCAACUUAAACGAUUACUUUAUACGAAGGCCAUGAUAAUAUUCAAUUGUUCCUUUCUUUCUUUCUAACUUAACUUUUAUUUUACUUUUUUCAUUUGUUAUUGUAUUGACUGUUUUGGUACUGAAAUCUUCAUGUCGAAGAUAAAGUUAGUGAAGUUGUUUCAUUAAUUUUAAUUUUUCAACAGAAGAGAAAUGAAGCUGAAAAAUCGUUCGCGCUGUUUAGUGACCACUCUAGAUACGUUAUUGGCAUAGUAGUCAGUUCAGCUCGUUUCCUAUUAAUCAACUUUUGAAAAUGUUUUUUGUUUCCUCUGUUUAGAGAUGAGUAGCCAUUAUUCGGUGCCACUGAUCUCUUCAGGAAUGCGUACAAUCUGGUUUCACGCGAUCAAUGCAUAAAAAAUGUUGCUCUUGCAUAACCUGGCCUUCCAGCCUGCGUGUAGACGUCUCCUCUUUUCUUUGAAACAAAGCGAAAACAAAGGAAAUAAAGACGUCCGCGUGGGGGCUACUGGCCUUCCAAUAAACAGAGGACAAAAUUCAGUUUUAAAUUUUUAAAAUGUAUUUUACGCUUCUAUGGAUUCUCUGCUCGGAAAUGCCUGUUGUAAGUCGUUGAAAAUAAGCUAUUAUUGGUAGAAAGAGGUAUUGUGACGGACUAGUUGCAUUACUGUAAAGUUCCCAUAAUAGCGAUUUCCCGAAAGUAAAGUCAAAAGUUUCUGACUUCUAAUUUAUCCCGAAAAUAUUGAGUCCCCGAAAGUGGCGAUCUCCCCCCACCGCCGCCGCCCCCAAAGUCUGUCGAGCGCGUGAUAAAAAAUAAAUCGCGGGGGAAUUUUGACUGCCAGCGCAAGGGGUAGGGGUGAGCUCAUGUAAUCGGCUCCUCUAAUGAAUGUAAACGGGAACACUUCCGGUGACGGGAACAAAACUUGAGUUUUAACCAAAUUUGAAUUUAACUUCUAGUACAGAUCAUUGUCCGCGCGCUUAUUUGCAUGUUUAGUUUCUUGUCAUCUAUUCAUUUGUUUAUCUAUUUACUCUGAAAAUUAAAACAGACAAGAAGUUCAGAACCAACCUUACACUUGUCCUGCAGAUAGGGAAGGCCUGGACCGAGACCGGGUAAAUCACUUUCAUUUACCUUGUAACCUCUGUGUCUUGUCCGCUAUUUUUUCACUUAAAGCUUGCAUACCAAAUGAAGCAGUCAGGGUGAAAUUAGAGAGUUUAAGCAAACAGCAAACGUCAGAUUCAAGUUGAGAGUUUCUCAAAAUAGAAAAUGAGCGGAAAAAUACAGCUCAAAACAAUUCUUAUGGAUAAAAAAUUGCAUGAAGCUACUGAUGCAGGUGUAGAAAUAAAGUACAGUAGACAGUUAACGACAAGUAAACAGGAAACUUGGUCACGUGGUACAAAUUUGCGUUUGCCGUUUGACGUAAACGUGAUGCUUAACCUCUCUAAUGUCGACUGUAACGUGAAACGAGCUACCACCAAGGGAUGAAGCCAGUGUUCAAAAAUGUUUUAAGAACAUUUUAGAACAAGACAGUCACAUCCACGCAUUGACACCUUUUUCUUCACGAAAAUGUGAGAUUAUUUUCAGAAGCAUUUAGGCAAUUCGAAGUAAGUCCAUCUUCAAAUAAUAACAAUCAUCAUCAUCAUCACCAUCAUCAUCAUCAUCUUCCAUUAUCACCAUAAUUAUCAUCAUCAUCAUCAUCAUCAACAUAAAGGUCUUCUAGUUGUAAAAUAUUUGAUACUAUGAUCUCCCCUAUUCUAACAUACAACACUGAGAGCGAGAGCUCCGCUAUCACUAUCAAUCAAAAUAUUCUCAAAUACAUUUUGUACAUUCAGUCUAAAGAUGAGGAAUCUUUUGUGAAACAAUCUUUUUAAUGUUAUUUGACAUACACUUUAAUGGGAAAAAUAACUUCCCCUCUCAUUUGAUGAAUAUGUCAGAAUAUGCUGACCUGACUUUUAGUUCUAAUCAAGCAUUAGCAAAAGAAUUCUUUCAAAAAUGUCGAGUCAAAGAGUUACUUAUGAGAGCAUUGUUUAAAUCUCUCUGUGUUAACACGUGUUCCACAGUUUCCCAUGAUUUCUUUCUAUUACAACACUUAAAGAUUCAUAUUAGAUUGAUCUUGAGCACUGCAUUUAAUUUUGUUUCUAAUUAUACUGUAGGAUGUAUUUCCUGACAACGCAACCGGAAGGAAAAUUUUGUCAAUGGCGAUCAAAUGCCCAAGUGACGGUUGUUCAUGGACUGGUGAGCUCAGAAACAAGGGGGUAAGAAAUUAAAAUUAUAUUCAAGGCGCAAUGGAUUCAGUUCUUGUGAUUCAUAAGUCGAGCGGACCCAGACUCUUUCAUCCACCUUUGCCGUCGGUCCUAAGUAUACAUGUGCUGCGCUUCCAAAUGACUGAAAGUAAACCUUUUUUACUUUUUUAAAAGGUUAAAAUGCUGUCACCCAGGCAGAGGGACUAUAACCGUAGUAUACUAGAAGUCAAUGCAAUAACCACUACACAACCGCGUCCACAUUUGCUCGUACCAAAAGUUAGAUUCCUACCCACUCUUCUCUCUUAAUUCUCAUAAUUUGUUAUUAUUUUAAAAGGCUCACUUGGAAGCUUGUCCAUUCAAAAUUGUCACUUGUACCAGCGAAAACUGCCAUGUGAGCGUGAAAAGAAAAGACCUCGAACAACACGUGAUAGACACGUGCGAAUGGAGGAUCAUAGAAUGUGAAUACUGUGAAGAACCACACCCAAAGAGGCACUUGCAGGUAAGAUAACGAUGAAUUUUACCCUCGUUGUGUAUUUUGCAAGAAACAGAUCCUGUUCUUUACAACAGUUUUUACCGCUGGUCGGAGGAUUACCCUGACGCUUUUCGUUUGAUCUUGUCUUAGCUUUGUGAGCUGAAAAUUUUACACGUGCGUUCUUUCAAGUAUAUCAGGCAGUUUUAUUUUAUCUGGCAUUCCAUUUUAAUUGGAAUACAAGUAAAUGUACUUAGCGAAGGUGGUAGCUGUAUGUCAUUGUGUAUUUCCAUGAGUUUUUUUUACUUUGCUUUGGAUUGGCGACAACAAGCAAGUAGCAAAGUCUAAUUGCGGAAGGAUAAAAUUGAGUGCUUACUAAUUGUGUGGAAAUUUCGGUGAAAAAUUUCCGACAAAUGGUACUGUUUUCAUUUCUUAGUACAAAAUUAGUUGUACCAUUAAAGAAAUGCGGUUAAAUUUUUCUUUUUUUCCGACUAAAAGAAGCUGGGCACAACUAAUCCACACAAGGGUAACACCUCGGAAGGUAAGUAUUACCCUUUUUCAGAAAAACAUUACAUCGGCCAGUUGAGACGUUCCAUUUGAUACGGCAUGGUUUUCCCUAACAAAUGUUAAGUGCUCAUUAUUUGUGUUUUGCAGGAUCACUUCGAAACGUGCAACAAGUUUCCCCUUCCUUGUCCUAACAGCUGUGGGGAUUCAGUUCUUAGAGAAAUGGUAAUAUGUUGCAUUGCAUUGUAUUUUAAUUGACGUCAUCGAUGGCAGAGUAAAGUAUCACGGCAGACUAUAGCUACAUACUUUCUGGCUGUGGCAAGUAAGGACCUUAGCCACGAUGUAUCUGGACAGUACAUAUACAGUAGUUUGUUUUAAAAGGUUGGAAUUGAACUCCCUGUUGAACAGCAACAACAAAAAUUCACUACGUUUGUGCACCCAUACAAUAUAUUAUCCAUAUUUAUUUAAACUUUGGAUGGAGCAAAUCAAUGUCUACGCUUGCGGUACUAUGAUCAACUGAAGUGGCUGAAAAAAAAACGGACUUUAUCUUCUCCUGAGAUGAUCAAAAAUGCUAUAUAAAAGGUUGUGCUAAGCACUGGGUAUGUCUGUCUGAGUUUUGUUUAUAUUCGGUUUUUAAGUCAGUAUAGCGAACAGGAACAAAUAAUUUUCAUAGCAAAGCGAUUGCAAAAAAAGAUAUCGCGUUCGAUAUUUGCGCCCCUUUAUUUUGAACACGUAAUAGAUUCUACAUCAUUCUACAUCAGGAUUAGUGGAGAUCGGGUAAGCCUAAGCAGUGACUAGGCAGGUAUUUUGUUUCUUUUGUAGAAUUGAACAUAAUGAUACCCAAAUAAGGAUAUGCAUAUCAAACUCAUUGCCCACAAAUGAGGACAUUUGCUCUUCAGUGAUCAUUACAUGGAUUGUAUGCUAUAGCGCGUGCGCAAAGGUAUUAUGUUCCACCAUCACAGAUAAACGGAAAGCACUAGGUAACAUCGACCUAAACCAGAUGAGUCAUCGAUACUCGGUCAGCGGCGUCUUACAAAAUGACUGAAAUGAUACCUCGACUUCCGCUCACUUGAGAUGCAAAAUUUGAGUUAGUUUGAGUUAUAAAACGGUUAACAUUGUCGUUUCCAGUUUAUAUUACUCAAAAAAUGUUAAAUCUGUAAGAGACUCAGCUGUAUUGCAUUGAACGAUGCGGCUCAUGGUCUUUCCGAGGAACGUUGGCUUCAGUCGGUGUUAUUUAGUGUCAACACGUCACGAAAUCCUAUCUAACAUCGACCGAAUCCUAACCGGAACUGACGGCUGUGGCUACGAAAAAACCGAAAUAAAAUAAAUCCCGCGGGAGUGCGAAUCCCGUCCCAGUUUUAUUGCUGUCAUUUGAGUCUCAAAUAGUAGUUUUCCAGCUUUUUCCAAAUCGCCCCGCCCCCUUAGUAGUUUUGACACUCAUGCCAGAUGGCAGCCCGUAACGCAAAGCGCUCGACCUCGAUGAUCUUACGGAAAAAAAGAGGACUUUGAACAGUCUAAAACGGUCACGGUACAAGCGAAGAGAAGAAAGAGAGCAAGAUGAACCUUCGAAGGCAUUUUGCCCCACCGAAAUCUACAUGAAUCCCAACAAAUUACAUAUCAAAACGCUGCAAAUUAAUUCAAGUCUGUGAAUUUGGCGGUGCAUUUAUUAUUCCGAGCAUGCUCUGUCGAGCCAGUCCAGUUUUACUCGACCCGCUGCUUUCAAGACCGGUCACGCUUUUGUAAGUUUACAUCCAAACCGACUGAAAAAAUAUAAAAAUGCUCCAUCGAAAUCUUGACAAAAUAACCCAAGUUUUUCACCACUGGUAGCUUAGAUAGCACUUAGUUCAAUACCGGUGGUGCAUUUGUGAUAGAUCUCCUACUUUGAGAAAGAAAGGCAAUAUUCUGCAGAAAAUAGUGUGUUUUCAGCUCUAUUUUACCGGAAGUUGAGGCCACCUGAUAAGACAUAGGGCAAAUGUCGCAAUGAGUUUGAUAUGCACACAUAAUUUAAAUAAACCAUGACAUCAUCGAUCUAAAAAUAGCAAAAAAUAAAAACUAGCUAAAAAUAGCACAUAUCACUUUUCUAUUUAUAGAUUAUGAUAUCAACAUUUUAUGAUGACGUCAACCCCUAGGGUAUUCUGACGUCACUUGCUCCUUGCCAACUGAAAACAAACUAUGGCAUCGUCCUAUCUUAAUGAGAUGCACGACGUCAUCGGUGUUAAUUUAUGUCACUCAUAAAGUUAAUUAAAUCCACAAAGAAACGGCCUAACCGGUCCCUUCUCUACCACUCAUUAGUCUGAAACGUUAUAUGGGGCGAUGACACGGAUCACAUUUCAAACUAUUCACUCAUUUAAUUCUACCAUUUUCUUUUAGAUUCCAAAUCACAUUGAAAACGACUGUCCUUUGACUUUAGUCUCCUGCCCUUAUGCUCAAAUGGGAUGCACUGAAAAGGUUUGUUUUUAUUGGAUUAAAUUCUGAAUUUAGCGGGUAAAAAGCAUUGUGACAUAGUACAUAUGAGCAACAACGGUCUGCUCAACAUUUCAAUUCCGACCAUUUGUCGCGAGUGUUUUUUUUUUAGGUAACGCCUUUCAGUUUUUUCACCAACGGUUCUAUCCCUCCUGCACUUAGACGAUUGCUAAUUUUUUUUCCAAUAUGUGGCAUGAGACUGAAAAUGCAUUGCCCAGAAAAAAUAAACGUUUUAGUAAAAAAAGACUAUUUUCUAAGGUCAUUUGUCUUCUUUCAGCAGUUACAACGCAAAAACGUGGAUUCACAUCUUCAAUCCGCCAUGCAAGAGCAUCUUGACUGUGCUUGUAUUAAACUUAACAGCACACAGGUUCAGCUGGAUGAAACUCGAGCUCAAUUAAGUCGUUUAACCCAGGAUCAGCAAGAAUCUCGAGAAGCAACAAGAAAACUUGAGGAGAAAUUAGGGGCACUUCAAAGGCAGAUAGAUACGAAAGUGAUUACAGAUAAGGAUGAACGUAACACACGUUUUAUUUGGAAGAUUACAUCUUUCAGUGAAAGUUUAAGGCAAGCAAAGGAGGGGGUAAAGAAAGAGAUAGAAAGUGAUCCAUUCUACGCUGGAUGUUACGGCUACAAAUUAAAAGUGUCUGCUCAUCCUUACUUCACCGGAUUCGUUUUCGCUAUUCCUCCCCAUUUCUCGAUCGGUAUUGUUUUAAUGAAAGGUGAAUAUGAUGAUAUGUUACCCUGGCCUUUCAGGAGGAAAAUAACGUUCACUAUAAUUGAUCAAAAUAAGGUUCUCAAAGAAAGGCAGAACUACACUGAUUAUUUAAGCCCAAGUAAACCGGAAUUAUUUCUUGCGGCAAAAUCUAUAUUCUCAGAAAGACCACGAGAAAAAAAUAUGGUACUUAAAAAAACGAUAAGCCAAUUCAUAUCUCAUGAGAAACUUCAAACAAGGCGCUACAUUGUAAAUGACACUCUGUUUCUUCAGGUCGAUGUGGGACCUGAUGACUAG